CAAGGGGAUCGGCUUGUUUUAUCUUAUUGCUCAGUACUGAACUCGAACUUGAGCACUUCGUUUCCUUCGUCUAGCAAUUAGACUUGAUAUAUGUUCUCGAUACGAAAAAUCAACAUUCAAUUCAGGAUAUUCUAAUUUAAGUCGGAUUCCACGUAAUGGUCCUUUUUGUUGGUUAACUGAAAGUGCGUAAAUCAGUUGAGCCGCUUGGUUAUAUCGGAUAGCACAAAUCCAUUUCAGUCUAGUAUUCAAUCAUGUUUCUUUUGGACAAUCGUUCACUUAUAUUGGCAUUUAGUUAGUUACAAGCUGGAAUUUACUUGUCCACCUCUGUCUCGGUGCUGCCAUUUCUACAAGAUUUCAAGUUUGGGCACGUGCAAAAUGGUAGUGCUGCUCAUUUGGUGCAGCACACAAGGUGUCUUUGAUCCAUGUUGCAGAGUACUGUUAGAUGCAGUAUCUUAUCCGGUCUCAUGUGAUGUUAGAAUUAUGUAAAAAUAUACGGGAGUUGAAAUUUGUUCUCUAUGGUAAUAGUGAAUCAGAGCCAGUUGUUGAAGCUUGUACAAAGUUGACUCAAGAGUUCUUCCGACAGAACACCUUGCGACUAUUAAUAAUUUGUCUUCCAAAAUUGAACUUAGAAGCCAAAAAAGAUGCUACUCAAGUUGUGGCAAAUUUGCAAAGGCAACAGGUUCAAUCAAGGUUAAUUGCUUCUGAUUAUUUGGAAGCCAACAAAGAUCUUUUGGACAUUUUAAUUUCUGGUUAUGAAAACAUGGACAUUGCGUUGCAUUAUGGGGCUAUGCUAAGAGAAUGUAUUCGACAUCAAAGUGUAGCUAGGUAUAUUCUUGAGUCUGAACACAUGCAGAAAUUCUUUGAUUAUAUUGAAAUUCCAAAUUUUGACAUUGCAUCAGAUGUCACUAUCACUUUUAAGGAACUUUUAACACGGCAUAAAUCAACUGUAGCCGAAUUUUUAUCCAAGAAUUAUGAUUGGUUUUUUACAGAAUUCAAUUCAAGGUUGCUGUCAUCCCCUAAUUAUGUCACAAGAAGGCAAGCUAUCAAGAUUUUGGGAGACAUGUUGUUAGACAGGUCAAAUUCUGCUGUUAUGGUCCGCUAUGUUAGCUCAAAGGACAAUCUUAUGAUUCUAAUGAAUCUUCUGAGGGAAUCAAGUAAGAAUAUCCAAAUAGAGGCUUUCCAUGUAUUCAAGUUAUUUGCUGCUAACCAAAACAAGCCACCUGAGAUUACAAGCAUAUUAUUCACUAACAAGGAUAAACUUCUUCGGUUUUUUAGGGACUUCAAGUUAGACAAAGAGAAUGAGCAAUUUGAAGCAGACAAAGAUCAAGUUGUCAGAGAGAUACAAGCUCUGAAGAAGGAGAACUCAUCUGAAUGAAAUUUGUGAUCACACCAUGACCAGUCUCCUAUAUCAUUUGCACAGACCAUCUAUAUAGGGGUAUGGACAGGAGACGCUGACCUCUAUGCAUUUUAUUAAGGUGGACAAAGAUGUCAUUAAUAUCAUUUUUGACCAAUAAAUAUCAGAUAUGGGAGAAUGGGACUUGCUAUUUGACCUCAUGAUUGCAGUCUUUUAUGUAAUCAUGUGUUCUUGAGUCAAUUUAGAGUAAAUGGAAGUGAUUAUGCGUAUUAUUUCAGAUUUCUGCUUGUUAUAUUACAGACGCAAACAAAGUUCAGAUUGACUUUGAAUGUACAUAAAUUGAGCGUCUGUGUUUAAUUCAUAAGCAUGCUAUUUUUAUAAAAAUAGAUAUGGAAUAUUUUUUAUAAUUAUAAAAGCAUUUUAUUUGACAA